AUUGUUUAUGGACACAAAUGCUAGUAAAAUGGGAAACGCUUGCAUAAGCUGACUGACAACAGCGGAGGGGUGAAGGUUCAAAGACAAAGGUGAAACUGAUGCUCAAAUCAAGAGUUGCUCACUGGUCAAGUCUGGAUCUGAAGAUGUUUGUUGACAGAGUUGAGUCAUUCAAAUAAACUUAAUUUUGUCAAGAAAGUAUUUUGCUGAACUAAGUGUGAAAACACUGUUUUGUUUACAUUCAUUUUGAAGGAAACAAACUAGUCAACCAGACUAUGAAUGGAAGUCGGGAAGUAAACGCUGCACAUGUUCUGAAAUAGGACGUACGUCUUAACAUGUAAUUCGUGAGCACUAUAACUAUGGAAGUAGAAUUGAAUAAGACAAAGAUCUAGGUAUAAAUUCACAUGUGAUUCCAGUCGAUGCCUGUUAACAUGAACACGUUGAGAAACACUACAACCUAAAAGUUGUUGACGUUAUUGUACUGAACCCUGAAACGGAAGGAAAAGUGAAUCAUAUUUUUAAGAGCUAACGUUGCACAUUGACCCAAAACAGUAGCUUCCCAAACUACAUUAUUUCUGUUACAUAACUAAAGCGCAUUUGUGCGUUAGUUAGCGCACAGUUCCACCAUUCAUGGCCAAGAAAUAUUUGACACACAUUAAGAACAAGCUGGAAUGAAAUGGAAUUGUUUCAUUUUUAAUGAUUUUUAUGCUUCAUAUAAGGAAAAAAAAACAAUUGAGUCAUUAAUAAAGAAGGAAAUAUAGCUUCAAAUAUGGCAUCAAAAUGCUCACAUUUUUUUCAGAGAACUCUUUUUGUACUCGCUUUUACGAGUCAGAGACAUAGUUUUGGUGAAUGCGUUAGUUGGGCAAAUGAAGCGAAGACACGUGAAUGUGUCCAAAUCUUCUUGGUAUCGCCGACAUGCUGCAGUUAUGCUGAGAGUGCUCGACUGGCUCCAUUGAGAACAGGUUUAAACAGGUUGAAUGCCUUCUGCUGAGGCAGGUGAACUACCCAGCGCUCUUUACAUGCCCUCUGCUCCAGCCCACUGGCCUUUUUGUCACCCAACAAUGAUGACAGCAAAACACACAGCCGGGGGAAAGAUCUUUGUCAGUUGGACCAAUGGCGAUGCAACAAACGGAGAUCCUUGUGAUGUGUGCCACUCUGUGAUUGUGUAUUUGCAUGGUAAUGCCAAGGUGAAUGCACCUGCUCUCUCGUCUACCGUUGCAUCGACCGCGACGAAGGAAAGGGGGGCGCGUCACGCCGCUUACAGCCAAUCAGACAAUCGCUGUUGGGAUUCACGCCAGCUGUUUUUGUUUUUGCGAGCUUUGUAAGACUUGACCAAUGUGGCGAAAGUCAGUUUCUUAUUUUCAACACAGAAAGGGAAAAGGCAAAGUUAAGAUGCCCUAUAGACCGUCUGGCUUUAUCUGCGACCGGCUGAUCCGGGAGCGGGAGAGGAGAGACGGUGAAGGCUCUUUGAUCAAGCCUCUGCGCUUCAACAGCCAGGACUUUAACACCAUCAAAGAGGAGUACCUUCAGAGGAAGACCUUGUUUGAGGAUGAAACCUUUCCAGCAUCGGUGGAGUCCUUGGGAUUCAGGGACCUCGGGCACAAAUCCAACAAGGUCAAGAACAUCGUCUGGAAGAGGCCGAAGGAAAUUUGCGAGAACCCUCAGUUCAUUGUUGGUGGCGCCAACAGGACUGACAUCUGCCAGGGAGACCUCGGUGACUGCUGGUUGCUGGCGGCUAUUGCUUGUCUCACCCUGAACGAGAAACUUCUCUUCCGGGUGGUUCCUCCAGAGCAAAGUUUUUCUGAUGGCUAUGCAGGCAUCUUCCACUUCCAGUUCUGGCGCUACGGCGACUGGGUGGACGUGGUCAUCGACGACCGCAUCCCGACCUCCAACAACCAGCUGGUGUUUACCAAGUCUGCUGAGAGGAAUGAGUUCUGGAGCGCUCUCCUGGAGAAGGCCUACGCUAAGCUGCACGGCUCUUACGAGGCCUUGAAAGGUGGCAACACCACAGAGGCCAUGGAGGACUUCACUGGUGGGGUAACUGAGUUCUACGAGUUGAAGGAAGCACCCAAAGAGCUGUACAAGAUCAUGAAGAAAGCUCUGGAGAGAGGCUCCCUCAUGGGCUGUUCCAUUGAUUCGCUGGUUCCUGCUCGCUAUGAAACCCGCACUUUGACUGGUCUUGUGAAGGGCCACGCCUACUCUGUGACCGCCGUGGAGGAGUGUAAACUUCUCAGCAAGGACACUAAAGUUCGACUGGUGCGUCUCAGGAACCCCUGGGGUCAAGUGGAAUGGAACGGACCCUGGAGUGACAACUCGAAGGAGUGGGCCAUGCUGUCCACGGCUGACAAAGACAGGUUGCAGCACCAGAGUGCAGAGGAUGGGGAGUUCUGGAUGUCAUUUGAGGACUUUAAAAAGAACUUCACCAAGAUUGAGAUCUGCAACCUGACCCCGGACGCCCUGGAGGACGACAAGAUCCACAAGUGGACCGUGUCCGUGAACGAGGGCCGCUGGGUGAGGGGCUGCUCGGCUGGCGGCUGCAGGAACUACCCAGAGACCUUCUGGACCAACCCUCAGUACCGGCUUCGUUUGCUGGAGGAGGACGACGAUAAUGAGGAGAACGAGAUGGGCUGCACCUUCGUGGUGGCGCUGAUGCAGAAGAACAGGAGGAAGGAGCGCAGAAUGGGAGGCAACCUUUACACCAUAGGAUUCGCCAUCUACGAGGUUCCAAAGGAGAUGCACGGCAACAAGCAGCACAUGCCCAAAGACUUCUUCCUGUUCAACAACACCAAAGCACGGAGCAAGUCCUACAUCAACCUGCGGGAGGUGACCCAGCGCUUCAGCCUGAGCCCCGGAGAGUAUGUCAUCGUUCCUUCCACCUACGAGCCGCACCAGGAGGGAGAGUUCAUCCUGCGUGUCUUCUCCGAAAAGAGGAACACGUCAGAGGAGAUAGAGAACAGGAUCGAGGCGGAUCAUCCGUGGCCGGAGCCUUCCACACCGGGCGACGACAGCGAAGAGGAAAACCUGUUCCGGGGCAUGUUUCAGGAGCUGGGUGGUGAGGACAUGGAGCUGACUGCCAGUGACCUGCAACAAGUUCUGAACCGGUUGAUCAUUAAACACAAGGAGGGACGGAGCAAUUGCUUCAGUCUGGAGAGCUGCAGGAGCAUGGUGGCCUUGAUGGACGUAUCCUUCAUGGACGGCACCGGCAGGCUCAACCUCCGAGAGUUCAGAAUUCUCUGGAAUAAAAUCAAACAUUGGCAGAGAAUCUUCAAACAUUACAACUCAGAAGACUGCGGCAGCAUCAACAGCUAUGAGAUGAGGAACGCCAUCAAUGAUGCAGGCUUCCGCCUCAACAACCAGCUGUACGACCUCAUCGCUAUGCGCUACGCCAACGAGAAAAUGAACAUCGACUUUGACAGCUUCAUCUGCUGCCUGGUCCGUCUCCAGGCCAUGUUCCGAGCUUUCCAGGCAUUCGAUCAGAACGGCGACGGAAUCAUCAGUCUCAGUGUGCUGGAGUGGCUGCAGUUGACCAUGUACACCUAAGAGAGGACCGUCUCCUCGCCCGAAUCCACAGAAGGACCAGAAAUACCAGCCUUUUACCUCAGCACUGGGUGGGAACCACCUGCCAGUCACUCCUCCUGCUGCCGCACUCUGUCUGCGGUGACGUCAACAUCACCGUGUAAUUUCCUGGAGCAUUUAUUUCACAGCCAUCGAUCGUCGUUCUUGUCAAGACACUCCACAGCUCUUCGCUCACAGCUGAGCAAGUCAUGUGACCUCCAGCUCACAGCAGGUCCAGAGCCCGGCAGCAGCAACAUCCGCCCACAUGAUUCAUCCAGCAGGAGAACUUGUAACAUGCAUCAAUAAAAGUUGGUCGACUUUGGUAACUGGGAUGGACGGCGGAGUGUUUCCCGUUCUUUUUCCACAAAUCAACCAUACUCAUGUUUUAUAGUCAGCUUUAAUAGUUAUUAUAAAUGUCACAGAUUGAACUUUGAAUAAUGACAAGUACAAAAAGGUGAAGAAACUCCGGAAUGCCGGGCAGAGUCGGGAACAUGGUGUUUUUCCUCAGGUGGCAGCAGUGAAACGAGAAAUUUUGGGCGGCAGCAGUUUCGGUGAAUGAAGUGAUGGC